AUGCUGUCCACGCUGCAGCUAGUGUGCCUGGUAGCCUUCGCGAUGUACCUGCUGUACUACUAUACGUGCGUGGCGCGCAAGCCGUGGGUCAUCUGCGGCUCAGCAAACAUGCGCACCUUCCUGCGCGUCAACUGCGGCUCGCUGGUCGAGGAACCCUUCUGGCCGCCCAUCUGGUGCAUCGGAUCAAACUUCCAGUGCCUCGUCAGCCUCAUCGUACAGAACUUUCUGCCGCUGCUGCCUCUGCGGCGGCAGAUGCUGACGCUUUCGGACGGCGGUACGGUGGCGUUGGACUGGAUCAACGAAGAAUAUCCGCCACCAGUGGUGCUCUUCCUGACGGGCCUGUCCAGCGGCAGCCAGGUGUACUACAUGCGCUCGCUGGUGCCCUUGGUGGCGCAGUUGCGUUGCCCCUGCGUGGUGCUCAACAACCGAGGCCAGAACGGACUGCACCUCAACAACUUCAGGCUCGUCUCGGCGCUAAGCACCGGCGACCUCGCCGAGGUGGUGGCGGCGGUGCGGCGGCGCUUCCCGGGAAGCGUGGUGGUGGCUGUGGGCUACUCGAUGGGCGGCAUGCUGCUCAGCCACUACCUUCUGCAGACGGGCGACGCGUCGCAGAUCGACGCCGGCCUGUCCGUAUCGGCGCCUUUCUAUUUGCCCACCAGCUACGACAACCUGAUGAGCUGGUCAUCGAACUUCCUCAUCAACUUGUACCUCACCAACUGCCUCAUGACGCUCAUCAGGCGGAACGUCCACGUCAUGGGCGCAACCGAUUUGAUCGACGUGAACCAGCUGCAACGGUGCCGCACACUCUACGACUUCGACAACCGCUACACUGCACCGGUGUUUGGGUUCCGGAACGCCAUGGAUUUCUACGAGUACGCCAGCCUCAACGGCAAGCUGUCGACAGUGCGGCGACCGUUGCUCUACCUGCUGGCGGCCGACGACGCCUUCGGCUCACUCGAGACGCUGCCGGUGGCCGAAAUCGAGCGGUCUCCCUGGCUGAGCGCGGUCGUCACUCCUCGGGGCGGCCAUCUAGGAUUCGUCGACGGCUGGCUCUGGCCCAAGAUGCCCUUCUACGGAGAGCGCUUCGCGGCUGCCUACGUGCGUGGCCUGCUGGCACUCGCCAGGGGACCACUGGGCCCAAAGGCGCUACACUCGCUCGUGCACAGAAGCACUGAUUCGCUAUCGCCGUACCAGCCGGCCGUAGAAAAGCUGACGGCCAGCUACACCAUGUCGCGACCGGAGGACCGAGAAGUCGCUACGGCAGAGAAGCCGUCCCGCGAGAACAAACGGAACCAAGAUAUUAUACGAGCAAUGGUGACCACGCAUACGCCACCAGGAGCGGUCAAGCACUCGACUGCGGCUCCUGCUCGAACCGGACAUGGCGCCUGCGCUGCAGCAUAUUGAGUGCGGAAGAGACAGGUCCGAGGGAAUUCGCUCGAUUGAUUCGAAUAUAUCGCGCUCGUGGAGAAAUUAAACCGAAAUUUGGUA